ACCGUCUUCUCGGCGACUCCCUUCGCGUUUCCAGUUCCGGCCUCGUAGGGGCGGAGAGAAGCUAGCAAAUAUGCGGCUGUCAGUUGCAGCCGCCAUCUCCCAUGGCCGCGUAUUCCGCCGUCUGGGCCUUGGUCCGGAGUCCCGCAUCCACCUGUUGAGGAACUUGCUUACAGGCUUGGUGCGACACGAACGCAUCGAGGCGUCAUGGGCGCGCGUGGACGAAAUGAGGGGCUACGCCGAGAAGCUCAUCGACUAUGGGAAGCUGGGAGACACUAACGAACAAGCCAUGCGCAUGGCCGACUUCUGGCUUACGGAGAAAGACUUGAUCCCAAAGCUGUUUCAAGUACUGGCCCCUCGUUACCAAGGUCAAAAUGGGGGCUACACGAGAAUGCUGCAGAUCCCAAAUAGCAGUGAGCAGGAUCGGGCCAAGAUGGCAGUGAUCGAGUAUAAGGGGAACUGCCUCCCACCCCUACCCCUGCCUCGCAGAGACAGCAACCUUACACUUCUAAACCAGCUGCUUCAAGGGUUGCAGCAAGACCAGAAAGCAAGCAUCCACGGCUCCCACACAGCUCAAACGCCAGGGAUUUAACUGGGACCAGAGGUUGUGUGCACGCUCAUCAAUGCCCAUGAUCACAGGCCUUUGGAGCUCUUUUAAUCUCUAAGAAGAACUGGAGCUAGAGUUGUUAAUGGACGGUCUUAAUGGAGACAAGAAGCUUCUGAGGAGCCAGAUACUCAUCUCUUUGCAGUAGAUAAAAUUCCUUAUAUGAAUAUA